AUGGCUAGAAACAGCUUUACAACGACAUCCCCAGAAGCACGGGCGUCGUUCGACCGGCUCAUGAUGCUCUCCUCGUCUCCUCUCCCCGACAUAACGGAGUUCGCUGCGAAGAAGCCCAAGGCAACAGCACUGCGCAGCGGAAGUGCUGCAGUCCCGAUUCCUGCGAGCGCGAUCAAGACAUUCACGAGUGCUGCGGAUGUUCUCCGUAGUGCGAACGCCGGCGCCGAAGACUCGGAGGAUUUUAUCGAAGAGCCCGAGCGGCCUGCGCCGAAGGAGAGAACAACCAAGCCGGCACGCAAGGCAAUUAGGGCGCCAAAACGCGUGGCAAAGGAGGUGAUCGAGCUGUCCUCUGACGGUGUAAUGCCCGAUGGUCACAAGGAUGAUACACAUGCGAGACGUGAGGGGGAAAUGCGAAAUGAUGCCGAGGGCAGUCCAAUCGGAGCGAAACCAUGGAGGAGAUACAAGGCGCCUGUUCACCCGGGAGACAAAGUCAAAGGCACAGAAUCCGAACCUGUCGAGCCACAAGCGAAGACGAAGGUGCAAAAGAAGAAGAAGAAUACCGAUGAGACAGUUAGUAGGCAUUUUGCAAAGAGCGAUGGUCCCGUCAGACCUCCCAAAGAGGAUUCGGCCCCGGAGCCGAUCCACCUGGAACCAGCAGUUCAGAGGAGGAGAGACUGGACGCCUCCCCGCGAAGACACCCGCCCAGAGACAUGUCCAACACCAACUGCUUCGCCGGGCGCAAAUCAAGAACACACGUCGCCAUCGUCUUCUCUAACAGAAGACAAAAGUACAAAAGAGGACAUCUUUAGGAAUCUCCACGAAGCGUACGCCCACAAGCUUACCGACCAGACGAAAUGCGCUCCCAACAACCCACAGCCUAUUUCCUUAGGGAAGAGAAAGGUGAUAGAUAUGAUCUCGGGAGGCCAGCCAUCGAACCAAGCAUCUUCUGAAAUUUCUCCAGUGAAGAAGAAGGCGCCCAAGAAGAAGCCUCGAACAAUUACAGAAUUGGCCACAGCAGCGUACGCCCCAAAGCCCGUCGAUCUCCAAGAGGACCCACCUAAAGAAGGAGACUCGAUUCUUGAAUACUUCGAUGUUGACAGAAAGGGUAAUGUUUCCAAGGUCACAUCAGGGAAGGGAAAGGGAAAAGCUACGAAGGUCACAAAGAGAAAAGCACCGCCAAAACAGCCUGUGCUAUUAUCUCCUCAAGCUGCAAUGCGGCAGUCGGCCAGGCAGGACUUCGUAUUCGGCACAUCAAGCCAGCUUGUCCGGGAAGAGUCACCAACCUUUCUGAGGGAUCUUCAGGCCGCUCUACGAGCGUCUAACACCAUAUCCAAGGAGGAAUCUCAGGCCGUUGAGGACCCCCCUUGCCCACGCUACCUGGCCCUACGAUCGACGAAUCAAGGCGGAGGACUCUGGUCAGUGAGCGCCAGAGACGAAGACGGUGAAGUAGUAGACAUAGAGACCAAUGAUCUUGUAGGCUCACCUUUCCCGGAAGACGACGCUGUUGCAAUCUUGGACCCAUGGAAGGACUUGCCACCGGAGCUACCAAUUGCUAGCGGCACGGAAACUGAGACGGCCGAGCCAUCCCUCAUUGAGAUUGAGAGGAUGCCUGUGGCAACCUCAAGUACACCACCGCCGCCGCCCGUCCCCAAGUCACAUUUCUUUUUGACACAGCCAAAGGCAUCCAUCAGGGCUGCAGCUGCUGUCGCUGGUGACACCGAUCCUCCCGGGUCACUAGUAGAGGAUCCUUAUCCGCUCAUUAUAGAUCUACUCCAGGAAAGCGACGCACCACCACCCAGCAACCAAGAGCAGAGUCAAGAAGACGUCAGACAAAUAUCGCCAGAGAUGCCAAGGAAGAUACAGAAAACGCAGCCCAACUAUGAGCUCUACACGGACGCCAAAUUGGCGAAAGAGGUGUCAUCUUUUGGCUUCAAGCCCGUCAAGAGCCGCAGCGGGAUGCUUGCGUUGCUUCAGCAAUGCUGGGAGAGCAGGAGUAGGGCUCCCAUAGGAGUAGCAUCCUUCUCUACGACCUCAAGUCCCAAGGGAAAGAAGAAAGCAUCUCCUGCGGCUCCUACGCCGACCACUUCGCCACCACCGAAGAAGCCGCGUGCAAAGACGAAGAAAGUUCCUGAUGUAGGCGACAGUGACAAUGCAGCGGCAAGCGAAGGGGCAAGUACUACGUCGCCGCCGAAGAAACGCGGCCGUCCUCGUAAGGAUGCAUCGAAAACAGCAGGUCCCUCGAACGCCGCCAUGUUGCCCCCUCCAGUAUCGACACCGAAGCGUAGGAAAGCAACCACUCAACGGAGGGCGGAGAUCGCAGACUCCGAUAUUGACAGCGACGACUCUGCAGACUUCUCCUCGCCUGAAGAGGUCUUCACGUCCCCUGGCGGUGGCACUGUAGACGUGUCCAUCAACGAGGACACGGAAAUCUCCCUCGAUCUCAGCCCCACAGCGCAGCAAUCCGAGCUCUUUAGUCAUAUCACAAGGGCUGUGACCUCUGCACCGCGGACAACGGACCCGGAGAACCCGUCGUGGCACGAGAAGAUGCUGAUGUACGACCCGAUCAUCCUGGAGGACCUGGCUGCCUGGCUUAACACGGGUCAGCUGACGAGAGUGGGCUACGAUGGGGAGGCGUCACCCGUGGACGUAAAGAAAUGGUGUGAAUCGAGGAGCAUAUGCUGCCUCUGGCGUGGCACUCAUCGCGGCAAAGAGAGGAAACGACUUUGA